CUCGGGCAUCAUUAUUGGAUAACGCCUUAGGUCGGGCGAUGUCACGUUAUCGCAAUUGAUAAGGCUUCUCACACCAGUUUUUUUUUUAUUUUUCAUUUCUUUCUUUUCCACGAUGGCAUUUGUACAGCAACAACGACGGCCUGUUCAGCGACAUCAGCCAUACUCUGAUGAUUCUGUACUACAACAACAAUCCUCUGCGAUAUCAGAUUCUGAUAAUGAUUGGCAUGUAAUCAGUUCGACCCUUUCACCUUCCACUACUUCGUCCAUUGGGAUUCUAUCAGAAACUGAGUCUUGCUGUUCAUCUUCCUUUAAACCCACCUUUUCUGAUACAGAUUCAGACGACAUAGAUCAUAUCCUAGAGGCUACACUCAAUAUACCUUCUCAUGAUGGCACAGGUACCUUUGGACGUACUGCAAGCACUACAAGUAAUAGCAGUACGAGUGAAGAUGAAGACAGUGCGGUCAUGCCUCCCUUUCUACCAACAACAUCUGGUAUUCGAUCACAGGAAUUAAUUGAAAAAGGAACAUAUCACGAAAAAAAGUCGUCAUCACCGUUAUAUAUGAGCAAAAACCUCGAUAGUAUUCCCAUUCAUCAUCCAGCUGGAACAGCAGCUAUUCUAUCUAUCGUUUGGAACAGCCUUCGAAGAAUAACAAAUCAUAUCAUUGAAAAUGAGACAAAUACGAUGGACACACUUAGUUCACUCAUGUCAGAAGCCAUGUUGGAAGGGUACUUGCCAUUUGGCUCACAUUUGCAUAUGGAUAAGUCAUUAUUAGAAGUUGAAUAACUCAUUAAAUUAUGCACUUAAUAAAAAUGGUUGCACCCCAAAAAUAACCAUAGCGAUCGGAGCCUCAAUUGAAAAAGUCAUGGUGACGAUGAAUGAUUGCUAAGAGCACCCACAUCUGACCAAAAGCCAUGUCUGACAAAAGGCAUGACAGCCUUGAGGGUUUUCUUUCUGUUCAUAGUAAACUUGAUGAUGUUAAAAAAAAGGUCAUUCUAUGCCGC